AUGAAUAUGACUAUUAACGAUGUUCUGCUCGAAGUUUCACAAGCUGAUCUUUUGAAAUACGACUUACCACAACCAUUGGCAGAUAUGAUGGCUAAGGAUUUGAAAUGCAGAUGGGGAAACUACUUCAGCAAAUCAGUUUCCAUGACCAUCCGAUUGCUUACAUUGUUCCAACUGUCUAUGGACACGCUUAUAUACGCAUUAACAAUACAUUUUAUAAGUUACGCGAAUAAGAUGAUAAUCUCAGUAGGGGUCGAUUCUACUGUCAUUCUAAAUCUUCACAAGCUUUGUGAUAAAAUAGAGGACUCUCUGAAAACUAUGAAAGUCGCUCUCUUUUAA